GGUGGGGUUCUGUGAGGGGAGCGGGGCGGCGGGGUCCGAUGCCGCGGGCGGCCGCGCCGCGGAGGCGGGGGGCAGUGGCUGCCGUGGGGGCUCGCCGGAGACGCUGAGAACCUCGGGCCCCGCGUUCGGUGCCGGGCUCGGACCAGGAGCGGAGGGCAUGCAGCAGCGCGGGGGUCUCGGUGGGGGUGCCGGGCGACAGAGAGGCGGCCUGCUACCCCCGGGAUCCCGGCGCCCGCUCGGGAUCGUCCUCCUGCUGUCGCUUCUCUUGGGGAGCGGCGGGGCGGCUCCGCUUCCGCGAGCAGGUGCAGGAGAAGGAGCUGCAGCUGAAGUUUCCUCCUCAUUUGUCAUUCUGUCUAUAUGUACUCUAGUAGUACUGGUAGUACUUCUUGCAAACUGUGUCUCCUGCUGUAAAGACCCUGAGAUAGAUUUCAAGGAAUUUGAAGAUAACUUUGAUGAUGAAAUAGAUUUUACACCUCCAGCAGAAGAUACUCCAUCUGUUCAGUCUCCAGCAGAAGUGUUUACUCUUUCAGUUCCCAAUAUUGCUUUACCAACUCCCUCCCAGUUCCCAUCUCGGACAGAUGGAUCAAAGUCUCAAGUUGCACGACAGAGUCUAAACUACAUCCAGGAAAUUGGAAAUGGUUGGUUUGGAAAGGUUCUGCUUGGAGAGAUCUACACAGGAACUAGUGUAGCAAGGGUAAUAGUGAAGGAGCUGAAGGCAAGUGCAGGCCCCAAGGAGCAAGAACAGUUUCUAAGAAAUGGAGAACCAUAUUACAUUCUUCAGCACCCAAACGUUCUCCAGUGUAUUGGGCAAUGUGUGGAAUCCAUUCCUUAUCUCCUAGUUUUUGAGUUCUGUGACUUGGGUGACCUAAAAACUUACAUCUGUAAUGAGCAGGAGCACAUGAAAGGAGAUUCACAAAUAAUGCUGCUGCAGAGAAUGGCUUGUGAGAUUGCUGCUGGGCUAGCUGUGAUGCAUAAACAUAACUUUGUGCACAGUGACCUGGCCUUGCGGAAUUGCUUUCUUACAUCCGAUUUAAAUGUCAAAGUAGGAGAUUAUGGUAUAGGAUUCAGUAGGUAUAAGGAAGAUUAUAUUGAGACAGACGAGAAGAAACUUGUUCCUCUCCGAUGGACUGCACCGGAGUUAGUAACAACUUUUCAAGACAGACUGUUAUCAGCAGAGCAAAAUAAAUACAGUAACAUAUGGUCCCUGGGAGUCACACUGUGGGAGCUGUUUGAGAAUGCUGCUCGGCCUUACUCAGACUUCUCUGACAGGGAAGUCCUAACCCAUGUCAUAAAGGAGAAGCAGGUUAAACUCUUCAAGCCACGCCUGGAACAGCCAUACUCAGAUAGAUGGUUUGAAGUUCUGCAGUUCUGCUGGCUACCUCCAGAAAAGAGACCAACAGCAGAAGAAGUGCACAGACUUUUAACUUACCUUCGCAUGCAAAGCCAAAGGGACUCAGAGAUUGACUUUGAACAGCAGUGGAAUGCUCUUAAACCAAACACCUCAAACAGAGAAACAAAUAAUUCCGCAUUUCCCAUCUUGGAUCACUUCACAGGAGAUAGACUUGGCCAUGAGAUGGAGGAAGUUCUCACUGUAACUGAAACAAGCCAAGGUCUCAGCUUUGAGUAUGUCUGGGAGGCAGCUAAACAUGAUCACUUUGAUGAAUGUGGUCAGGUGAAUCCUGAUGAAGCACUGGCAUACACAAGUGUCUUCUUUCCAGUGGAGGUUUUUGAGAGGUCACUUUCAGAGCAAGGCUCGGGAGCACAGGAUGGAAGUGGUCAAGAAGCAUCACUUGCUGUCCCUGGGGUGCUACCUGUGUUUGAUGCACACAAGCUUUCUGUUGGCAAUGACUACUAUAUCCAGUUGGAAGAAAAAGGAAGUGGCUGCAGCAUGAAUUUUGAUAACCAAUCAGUUGUGCUAACUACAGAAGUUGAUCAUCAAGAAGCUGUACAUGAAAAAAGUUCUCAUUUCACAGUUCUCAGGGAUCUUGAUGUUGAAGAAUCUAGCACUGAUGGGGACUUCUUCCACUGCAAUACAGAUCCUAAAGAGCAAUUUUUGCCUGCUACUGGUAGUCCAGAAAGUCCUUUCCAGAAUAUAUUUAAUGACAUUGACAGGUCAGAAGAAUUGACAAAUGGAAAAAUACUUGGGUUUGCUGAAACAAGUGAUAUUUCUAAAGACUUUAAACCACUUCUUUUAACCUCAAACACAGAUGCCAGAAAGGCAGUGGGCCUUUCUGAGAAGGAGCAUUCUGGUCAUGCUUCUGAAAAUGAAAUGGUUUCCUUGUGUGAAAAUAUCUCUAACCAGUCUGACUUGGUAACUUUAGAAGAACUUUCUGAUAACUUCUUAUUUCUUCAAGAGAAAAAUUUACUGACAGGGUUAUUGUCUAACAAAACUGGCAGUGAUCUGGGGCAAAAACCAGAUGAUGUUCUAAAAAGUAUAUUAGAAACCUCAAAUGGAAAGUCUGUAGAGCCUGAGCCUGUGCUGGCUGAAAACGCACAGGUCUUUUCUUUAAUACAUGAAGGUCUUAAAACGGUCAAAGAUGAAAAUUGUAACCCAGUGACAGUGAAUAAAGGUCCAAAUUCUCAGUCUCAGACUACUUCAGAAGUGCAGGCAUCCUCUAGUCCACCUGCAGCACCUAAGUCAUGGGAUAAACAUGCAAAUCUUCCUUCUUUGAGGGAGGAGAGAAAGCCUUUAAAUGUGGAAGUCAAUGAAGCAGUGUCCUGUAAUGCUGAUACUCCCUGUCAAGAAGAGCUAUCCAAUAAUAAUAAUGUUGGAAGUAAUCUGUGCCACAGUGUUGCUGUUACAUCAGAUGAGUGUGAUGCACAAACAAAAGAGGGAAUCCUUUUCAAGUCUGAUGAAAUAUCUUAUAAUAGAGAAAAAAUUAAUGAUCAGGAAGAUGUAACCAGCAACUUGCAAGAUAAGUCUCCCAGGAUAAUAAAAGGUGAAUCUUUAGUGGAGGAAACCCAAGAAACAUCAAAUCAUUUUGAGAUCUAUACAGAUGUUCCAGAAGAGGUGACCUUAAUUUCCAUUGCUACUUCAGAUUGCACAAGUCAAGAUAGCCUUUUGGAAGACAGCCCUUCUCCUGUACAAACUGGAGAUCAAGCCUUAGAGACACCGGAUUCUUUGGAUUCUUUAGAUGUGAAUGAGGUUUUGGAAUCUUUGCAGGCUCAGAGUCCUCAGAAACUUUUACCACCUGAUAAACCUGCUGACAGCGGCUAUGAAACAGAGAACCUGGAAUCUCCAGAAUGGACUUCCCAUAUCAGUGCUGAGGAUGCUUCUAAUGGAGAUCCUGCCCUCUGUGCCGUCAGCGAGAGCAGUGUCAGCAUUUUGCCUUCUAAUCCAGUCAUAAUUGUUUCUGAAGCGGCUGCUUGCUUAGAUGCAGCAAACAGCAAUUUUGAAAUAGCCCCAAAGGUUUUCCUGGGUGGAAAUCAAAACUCAUACAGAGACUCUGCCUAUUUUUCUGAUAAUGAUUCUGAGCCAGAUAAAAAGCCAGAAGAGGCUGUAAAGCUGUCCAGAGAGACAGCACAUGCUGUUUCUUCAAACGGAGGAGAGAGUAAUACCCACGCGGCGUACAGCUUCGAGGAGGGACAGCAAAAAUGCGAUGGAAAGAAUCACCAGGAUGCCAACGAUCCAAGUGCAAACCCAGAGCUCAAUCACAAUUUAGACAUUCAAGAGGUGAACAAAAGGAUGCAGAAGAGUCCUGAGGAGUGGGCCGAGGCAGCUCUGAAUUCCCUGGAAGUAUCGCUGGAAAGUAGCUUAGGUGAUGAAAUAAAACUACCUGAGACUUCUCAUAAAAGUGUCUCUUGUGUUGGCACUAACACUUCAGAACUGCUUUCUUUGAAGUCUGUCCAUAACAUCCAGGGCCCUCUAGAUCUCAGUAACAGUGAGAAGUCCUUCUAUCACACCGAAGGCCAAAAACUGAAGGAGCCUGAUAUUGAAGGGAAAUACCUGGGCAAACUCGACGUGUCUGGGAUGCUUGAUUUAGAAGAUGGUGAUGAUGCGGAUGAGGAAGAUGAAAACAGCGAUUCUGAGGAUGACAUGAGGACUUUCCAUAUGCACAGUCUGAGUUCUGACAGUGAAGAUGAAACUGUUCACCAAGUACCUGAGAUACUUACUGAGAGGGAUGAUGGAAAACAUCUGAGGAGCUUGUUGAAACUUCCAAAACCUCUUACUGAACGGCAACACGAGCCCUGGAAAGUGGAGAAGAAGGCUGUAACCUUCUUCGAUGAUGUGACGGUUUAUCUGUUUGAUCAGGAAACGCCAACCAAGGAGCUGGGAAACCGUGCGGCAGACUUGAAUGGGGAAGGCUCUUGCAGCACUCCUGUUCCAUCCUCCAGUUUUAGCUACCUAAACAGAUUUGCAAACUCAGAGAGCUCAACAGACGAAGAAGGUGGGGGUUUUGAAUGGGAUGAUGACUUUUCUUCUCCAGAGCCAUCCUUUAUAUCAAAGGCAGCUAACAGUGUUAUUAGUUCUAAACCACCUCUUCAGUCAUCUAAGUACUUCUCUCCACCUCCACCUUCCCGGACUCUUGAUCAGAACUGGUCUCAUUCGUCCCCUUACUCCAGAUUCUCUAUCUCUCCUGCGAACAUGGCGAGCUUUUCUCUUACACAUCUCACAGAUUCAGAUAUAGAGCAAGGAGGAAGCAGUGAAGACGGAGAAAAAGAUUAAAUUGAUUAAAACUUCCUUGGACUGCAUAUAAAACAUACAGACUUUGUAUCUGAAGCUUCUCUAUCUAAACUCUGGAUCCUCCUGGAUUAACACAGGUAAUCAAGAAGAAACGAAAGUAAACCCUGAAAGCAAUGUUAAAUCAGGACAGUCAUUUGAAUGUGUAUUUAACUUUGUAAUGUAUUUUUAAAUCAGUGCAAUUCUGCUUUUCAUGGAGAGACGACUCUGCCGCUGUUUUCAACUACUUGAAGUAUUUUUCAGAUAACUUAAGAAACAAGUACAGAAAUUACACUACAGUCUGGUUUAUGUAUGGGAUUGUAAUAUAUUCUUUUUAUAUUUUUUUUUUCCAUGUAGUUCAUUAUCUCUUUGAACAUACACCUGUUGUAGAAUUGUGUAUAACUGUCCUGUGCAGCAGGUGGCUGUGUUGCUGAAACUGUAUGAACGAUAGCUGAUCAGUAGUGAGCCAUAUUUAUUCCGAAAGAUACCACUACAUAUUACUUUGCUUAUUACAAUUGCACUAUGGAUUACUCUUCCUUUAUUUCCUGAUGAUGUACAGAAUCAAAAUCUUAAACCUUUGGAGGAGAAGACAGGUUGAAUUGGCCCUGUUACCCAAUUUGAUUUGUCCUUUUUGUAGCCUUUACUAUGCACGGUACUUGUAAAACAUACAUAACUUCUGAGUGUUCUGUUAGACUUGCUGGAAUCUUAUCUUCAGUACCAUUUCUAAAUGAUGAUUAUAGAUUGGUUGUUAAGUGUUCAUGUUUUAUAGGAAACUGGAAAAGAAUAUAUGAUAUGCUCUGACAUUUUGAGGUGAAAGAGAUGAUGUCUCUUAAUUCCUGAAUAUGAUCCUACUGACUGCUUGAACUGUAAUAGCAUCUGUCUAUGUCAUAAUCAAGGGCCUUCCAGUUUUUACUACAGUUUCUGCCUUGGAGAGAAAAGAGGAAAAAUUUGGCUGUACAAAACUGUGGAAUUCAUGAAUCUUAUAAAGACUAAUUGCAAAAGACUGGAUUUGGGCACGCUUGGCCCUUCAGUUCUACAUUCUGUGAAUUUUGAAGCUCACUCUUCUGCAGACUGCAGAUUGGGGCUGCCUUUCAGAGGCCUGUGGUAAAUCUACCUCUCAGCGAUGUUAUGACAAUUAAGAAUUGGAUUAAUGGUUAAUGCCCAAUUUUGCACCCUUUGUGAGGCCUGACUUACUUUAAAACGUCUGCAAGGCUCCGUGGUACAUCUUGAAAUGCACACUGACCAAAAGAUGUAGUAAACUUUGCUCUGAAACUGUUGGUAGGGAAGGGAAUGCAGUGUGGAGUUUUUUAUAACCUUCAUACUCGACCAUGCAUUUAGGUUGUUUAAUCCUUUAAACUGCUUGCAAAUAAUAAAUCCUUAAUUAUUCCUCCAAAGUGGGUUCAGUUGAGAAAAAAAUCCCAGACCUCUUGGAAUGCCUUAUGCAGUUGUGGAUCUGCAGGAAACCACCAAUAGGAACAGCUCACCUGGCUUUGUAUUUUAGUAGCUGCUUACACAGAGUUUCAGCAUAGCGGUUGUCCAAGUGCGCUGUGCUCAGAUCCAGUCACCAGAGGAUUUUCAUCCCAUGGAAAUAUGGGAGGACUAGACAUUUUCAGAUGUGUAAAGUUUGGGUUUCUGUACCUCUACAUGCAUUUAUUUAUUUUGAAGUAUGUUUUAAAAUGACAGGAAUAUGUUCACUGCUUUGUUUUGUGUUUUUUUUUUUCUCCAGCAUUAUUUAGCCCUUAACCAGAAUAUUUUCCAUAUCAAUUAAAAGGGAAUGAUUUCAGUCAUAAUGUUAUCUCAAGCUGACAAUAUAUUCUUGAGAUAACUUCGAGGCCUCAAGCUCAGAGUUAUUCAGAACUGUUCUUUGGUGUGAAGUAAGGAACAGAACUUUUCAUGGAUGUUUUUUUCCCCCAAACAUGGUUUAAGAGGCAAAGCCAAGCAGUUCUUAACACAGACUUACAGUGUAUACUGUAGAAAGUUUAAGGAACCUGUGUGCUACUCUGAGUAUUUUAAAAUGCAAAUCAUAGACUGUGCACAAAUUACUGCUUAGAAAUUCCAUCAUUCUAACAUUAAGCUCCUUGAUACAAUUAGAUUUAAAGUAUCUCAUCUGUCUUCUGUCACUUUUCAUCAUAAGAAGAAUGAAACUCCAUACCAGUCCGCAAAGAAUGCGUGGGCUUAUCUGCCUCUGUGUGGUGAAAAAUCUGUCAGAUCUGGAGUUCAGCCUUAAUUUUGAAUCAUUUGGUUUUAAAAUACAGCCCAAGGUUAAAUAAAUUCUAGUCCAGGAUGUUACAAUUUGGUUGUGCAUUUUGUUUCAUGUAAUUACAGAUAUUCAUCUUCCACAUCAGGAAUUUCCUUUGCUUGGUGGAAAGCUAAGGGUGGUUUUUUUAUAUAUAUAUACUUUACCUGGGUUUAAAGAAAGUCUUACAUAGGAAGUGAAAGUUUACUCCAUCCAAAUCGACUCAUUGCUAAUGAAUUGCCAAAGGAGCAUUUUUUUCUUCCCAAAAUGAGCUGGGGUGUAUAUGAUAAGCAAGGUGAUGUCCUUUUUAGGUGUACAAUGAAGAGAAAGAAAAAUUUAAAGCUAACUCACCUCACAUAAACAUGGGUUUGAAUUUCAGUAAUCCAGUAUCCUGGGUUGCAAUAAGUCAUUUAAAAGAAAAUGAAACAUCUGAUCAGCUCUUAGCAAUAUUGAAAUACCUGCCUAGCAGCUAGUCAGGGCACAAUGAGAACGGAUCUGUAAUUCCAACUUGCUACAUUGCUAUAAGGGGAUUUGUUCCAGAUCAUUAAUGAAUUGACAUGUAACUUCUUGCACUAGCUACUUCAGCAUGAUCCCUGUUUCAGAAGUACACCUAUCUAUUUUCAAUGGUUUAUUAUGAGGACUGGUUAGAUUUUAAUUCCUUCUCCAGUAGAAUAUCUUGAUUAUUUGAAUAGUGAAGGCAUUGUCUCAGCGUGGCUGCUAAAGUUAUUUAAAAGGUCUGAUUUUACCCACCUAAGGAAGCUUGUUUAAAAGUGAGGAUCUGUAGUAAGAGGCCAACACAGUGAGAAACGUGUCCAGAUUUAAUGGGAACGCCUGCAGUCCUAAAGCUGCAGGUCCCUUCUGUGUCUAACUGUGUUUAUGGGAACUGCCAUGGUCCUGGAAAUGAGCAGGUUACAGCUUUUUUCAUAUCCUUGUUGAUGCACUAUAAUGAAAGCCAUUUAAGCCUCAUUCUUUUUAUCAGUAUUUUUAGCAGAUUUUUAUGUAGUACUCAAUCUCUUUCAUGAGGAGGCUGGUUGGUAGAAAGGCUCUUUUUUUUUUCCUUUAAUGAUUAAGCACUAUGCUAAAAUGUCAGCACUGUCAGGUGUUGGUGACGUGGCUAUUUUUGUUGGAAUUGGUCAAAAGUGGAAUCCAAGCUUAUUAGCCUUAUAAGAAAUAGCCUUAACUAAGAAUGGAGUGUACAAAAUUACUUCAGCUUUAAGUUGGUCGUACAGAACUAUCCUUGUAUGUUAAUGGCUUUGGUACAGGACUGGAAAAAAUCCAGAGGAGAGUCAAACAUAUAAACUUCUUGAAAAUAAGUAUUUGUAAUACCAGCAGCCUGGGUUGUUUUGUUUUGGUUUUUUUUUUUUUCAGAAACUUGAAUAUGACUUACAGUUAGUUUUGUUUAUGAGAUUGUUUGAACUUGCACAGAUGUAGGCAUAACUUAAACGCUAAAUGGUACUGAUGUGUGUGUAUAUAUCCUGUUUAAUUCUAUUUGUAAAUGAGAAACUAUGUAACAAAAUCCUAGGUAUGAGGUUUUCCUAUUGUAAUUUAAUACAGGUAUGAGGUUUAUGGCAAUAUAUCAUAGUUAAUGAAAUUUCAGGUCAAAAUGUCUUUAAAUUGUGUACAUUUUUAAAUUGUAAUUUCUACUGUAUAUUGAUUAUCAUGCAUAGUGUGAUUCAAGAAACUGCUUGUAAUUUAAAAAUAUUUAAUAUUCAAAAUAAAAGACAGUUAUAUAUUUAUAA